AUGGUCCUGCAUCUGGAGUAUCCAAUGGACAGUGGCCACAACCUAAUGGUGUGGGUCAGGCAAUGGGUGCACAAAAUGGACACGGCGGAUACCCCACAAAAGGCCAAGGUCAAGGAGCCACAGCUGACCCAUACAACGGCAAUGGAGCUAGACCAAAUGGUCCAGGUGUGGGGAUGGGAGCCUCCAGAGGUAUGGGAGUACCUCAGCUUGCCAGGAACCAAGCCUAUGGUGGUAAUGGUUAUGGAGCUCAACCCAUGGGAGGCUACGGUGCUGCAGCUGGUUUGCCCAAUGGACAAGGUUUUGGAAAUGGAGCGGUUCCCAAUAGAUAUGGAGCAAGACCCAAUGGUCAUGGAGUUGGAAAUGGUGCUGCACUCGGAGGAUAUGGAAGGAAACCCAACGCAUACGGAGGCUCAAAACUACAAACUAGCAAAGGAGUUGGAGCAGUGCUGCCCAGUGAAGGUGCUAGGGAAUUUGUUGAUCAAAACGAUUUGUUUUACAGGAUAUGGUGGUCCAGCUGGUGUACCUAAUGGACAGUUGGCUAAAGCAGCUAAUACUGGCUACGACAUGAUGCCAAAUAGUAAGGGUAUAAAGAGUGCAGGUGCGUACAAUGAAAAGGGCCUAAAAGGUGGAGUUCUCUCUCCUGAGCAGCUGAGUGCAACUCCACAAGCAAUAACUGAAGGCGCAGCACCAGUUUCCCCCGAGCCGACGCGUGGUAUCCGUGUUAUGGUGACACAAGAUAAAUAUCAAAAGCUGCCUUCACCUGUGCCACAAGGAAAAAGCUACAAACAGACGCCACUAAUCCUUCAGGCUACACCAGAACCAGCACCAGCGAUUCCUCAAGGCAAAGGCCCAAAGCCUGCACCUGCACCCAGACCUGAACCAGGACCCAUGGGCCCACAGGGCAAGGCUCCAAAGACAAACCCAGCACCACAGCCUCAAGGUUAUGUGACUGGAAUUGCUCUGCCUGAGCAAAAAGGUGCAGAGGCAGAUGCUCUUUUUGAAGAGGGCCCCAGCGAGGGGGAUGCUGCCCCUGAAAGCACCAAACACCUGAAAACCAAAGCUGUUCCUGAAACAGUGGCAGCUAAAAACACAGGGCGCAUCAUCCCCGAGGAAGCACUGGCUGUCGGUGUGCCUGAGUUCGCACCAGAAGAAGCAAACAUCAGAAGUCACCCUGGGGCAGGAUCGGUCAAAGGUCUCACUGCAGGAGAAACUGGGGCAACUGAGCACGGAGGAGGAGCUUCCAUCUCCAAGGGACAGGGAGCUAAACCAACAAAACCUGACUGUGGACCAUCAGGAGUACCAAAUGGACAAUGGAUGAAAAUACCCCGAUCUGGUUAUAAUGCAGGUGCUGGAGCAUCCGCUGGCACAAACACAAAAGGUUAUGGAGCAGGAGCUGGUGUUCCAAACAGAUACGGUGCUAAACCCAACAGACAUGCUGCCAGGACAGGGGGGUAUCCAAAUGGAGGUGGAGCUAAAGCAAACAAACCAGGUUAUGGAGUUGGAGGCGACACUGUCCCUGGACGCAGCAAUGGAUAUGCAGACCUUGGCUAUCCCAAUGCUGGGCAACCUAAGCAACCUCGUUACGGACAAGGGGCGUACCUCGGAGCUGGAUAUGGAAAUACAUAUGGAGGAAUGAGCCAGUUUGAGCCUCAGUCCGCUGGCCUUGGUCCAAAUGGAAAAUUGGGCAGCAUGUAUGGUGGAAUGGGCGGCUGGCCUUUUGGCGGUCAGAACCUGGGAAUGGCUGCGGAGAAAUCAAACGGCAAGUACGGCAUUGGUGGGUUGCAAUUUGGUGGACAACCCCUCAGUACAGAGACUAAUGGAGCAGGGAAGUAUGGUUAUGGUGGGAGCCCUUAUGGGCCUGCUGGUGAUGGCAAAUCAUCUACAAAAUAUGGUGGUGUUGGUGCCGGCAUGGGAGGGGAUCCUGCACCCGCACAAUAUGGAUAUGGUGGGUUCCCCAACGGUGGGCAGCUUCUUGGUCUCGGCAGUAAUGGAAAUACAGCCGGCAAAUAUGGUUAUGGAAGAAUGCCUUUUGAAGCUCAACCAGCUGGACUAAGCCCUGAAGCCAUAUCUACUGGAGAAUAUGGUCUGCCUGGGUCACCAUAUCAACCUGAACCACUUGGACAAUAUCAGACUGAACCACUUGGACAAUAUCAGACUGAACCACUUGGACAAUAUCAGACUGAACCACUUGGACUUGGACAGCUCGGAAAAUUAACAGGCAAAUACAGAGGUGGUGAAGUUCCCUAUGCACCACAAACUCUUGGUUUUAGGAGUGAAGCAAAACCUUUUGGGAAAUAUGAUAACCAGGGACCAUACCAGUCGCAGCCUCUUGAAUCUGGUGGACAAUAUGAUGCAGCUGGUUUACCUUAUGAUCCCCUGCCACUUGAGCCACAUUCAGCUGGAAAAUCUUAUGUGAACGAAGAUGUACAGACGCCAGCAUUUGCAGCUGAAGGCGAUGGGAUGUCCAUUGAUAGAUACAAUGUCGCAUUUCCUGCAGCUCCCAGUCCCAGCCCCACCCUGGUUUACCCCUCUGACCCAUCCUAUCUGCCUGUGGAGUUCUUCAAGCCUGAUGUGGUGCCUGGAGCAGGUGUUGAGGACCUGCGUGAACCCGUGGGCACUGCCGGCCUCGCUCAUGGCUCUGCAGAAACGCAGGGCGUGGCUCAGGUGCCUGAGCAGCCUGAUGACCUGCUACAUCAACAGCAGCUGCCACGUCGGAUACACAUUCAGCAGCAUCUCAAACUGCAUUUUCACCCACAAGAAGAGAAGAGCGGCAAAUAUGACUUGAAUGGCUUCUUUGGGAAUAGUGGCUAUCAAGGUUAA